ACCAAUGGAAGCAUAAAAGAUCCCUGGUAGUGGAUAAUUGCCUACGAUUAUUCAGUUUCAUAAUUGCGGUCCCUAGUAAAACACACCGAUAGAAAAUCGAAACAAAACGGUUUAAGGAAAACAUUUUCUUUACGAUGAAACAUAUUUUCCUUGUUUUUUUUAUCUUGUUGCUUGGGGCAGAAAGAUGUAUCGCAAUGUCAGUGAAAAACAAGUGAAAGGGACAUCGUUCACCCACACACAAAAAAACAACCUGGUGCAAAUUCCAGUAACUGAUGGAUAUUUACCUUAGGAUGAUUUCGGAGGUUGGAGAGCUUAAUUGCGGCUACCUGUGCUCAAUCAAUGGCCUAUAUAAGAGGCAGAAAACCAUUCAUCUACCAGUCUUCUCCACCGUCUUCUCCCAAGUACCAAAUUUGUUGGUCGCUCCCUUGCAAUUAGAACGGAACUAAUACAUUAAACACAACAUGAAAAUAGUAACUGAGUUUUUUGCUUGCAUAAUUUUUUUGACAGUGUUGGCUGUAUCCUGCCAGCCAAAAGAACUUAAUGCCCGAGCGUACAUGGCUGGAAAGUCGCCUGUUAAAGGUGUUGUCAAUUUCACCGAAUCGGCGUCUACAGGUGGCGUGAGGGUUUUCGGUCGAAUCACAGGAUUGACGCCAGGCAAACACGGUUUCCACGUCCAUCAGUAUGGAGACAUCUUCAACAAUGGAUGUGACUCCGCAGGGCCUCAUUUCAAUCCGACUAAUGCACUUCAUGGUGCACCGCAGGACAGCCCUCAUCAUCGGCAUGCUGGCGAUUUGGGCAACGUGAUCGCAAACGAUGAUGGGAUUGCAAACAUUGACAUAUUAGACAAUGUCCUGAAGCUCCGCGGCCCAGAUUCCAUUUUGGGACGGUCCAUCGUCGUCCAUGCCAAUGAGGAUGAUCUCGGCCGCCAAGACAAUGAAGAAAGCAAAAAGACAGGCAAUUCUGGACCUCGUCUUGCUUGCGGCAUCAUCGCCAUUGUUCCCUAAAUUCUAGAACAAAGUAUAAUUAUUUGAGUUAGUGCGUCUCACAUGAUUAGUUGAACUUUUAAUGUUGAGGUUUGUUGGUCGUAUCAUAAAUGGCGGGCACUUUUUUGUUUAGUUUUUUGUUUUUAAAUGUUAUCACGUAGUAUAAGAUUUGGCGGCAUGGACACCACGAGCCUCAUGCAUGGGAAACAACGUGAAUUGAGGACUGAGACAAAUUAUCCUAGCAGAAAAACUAUCAAACAUGGAAAACACACAAUUUGUUUUUUACUUUUUGGCAAUCAGAAUGUUGUUUUUUGAGACACAAAGCACUUCUCCCCUCAACUGAACUGAAUAUCAGAAAACGGCUGAAGAAACAUACUUUCUACGAAGGAACAACCAAAGUUUUUUAUAUAACUUGUGUCCACAUCGAGGCCAUACCUGAUUAUAUGAAUUCGACUUGAAAAUAAAUACUGGUGACACUUG